AGAAGAAUGGCUUUUGAAAAUGCGUCUAUGGUAAUUGAGUUCAUUCUCUUGGGGAUAACAGACCAACCUGACCUCAAAAUACCAUUGUUCCUACUCUUCUUUGUAGUGUACAUGAUAACUGUGUUGGGGAAUUUGACCUUGAUCAUUCUAAUUGUGCUAAAUUCUCACCUCCACACACCCAUGUACUUUCUCUUGUUUAACUUGUCUUGCAUUGAUCUCUGCUAUUCUACUGUGAUAACACCUAAAAUGAUGAUGAACUUCAUACUAAAGAAGAAUGUCAUCUCUUACACAGGGUGUAUGAUCCAGUUAUACUUCUUUUGUUUUUUUGUCAUUUCUGAGUGUUAUGUGCUGACUUCAAUGGCCUAUGAUCGCUAUGUGGCAAUCUGCAAUCCACUGUUGUAUAAUGUUACCUUGUCUUCUAAGGUAUGUUUUUAUCUGAUGCUCAGUUCAUAUUUCAUGGGAUUUUCUGGUGCCAUGAUACACACUGGAUGCAUCUUGAGACUGACAUUUUGUGAUGGAAAUACCGUCAACCAUUAUUUCUGUGAUCUCCUCCCUUUGCUGCAAAUCUCCUGCACCAGCACCUAUGUCAAUGAGAUAGAGCUGUUCAUUGUGGCAGGAAAGGACAUCAUUGUGCCCACUAUUAUCAUCUUUAUCUCUUAUGGUUUCAUCCUCUCCAACAUCCUCAAAAUAAAAUCCACUGAAAGCCGGUCCAAAGCCUUCAGCACCUGCAGUUCCCAUAUGCUUGCUGUUUCUCUGUUCUUUGGAUCAGGUGCAUUCAUGUAUCUCAAACCUACUUCUGCUCUAUCUAUCAAUGAGGGAAAAUUCUCUUCUCUUUUUUAUACCAUUGUGGUCCCCAUGAUGAACCCUUUAAUUUACAGCUUGAGGAACAAAGAUGUUAAAGUUGCCUUGAGAAAAACUUUGAGCAGGAGAAUAUUUUGA